AUGAGGCCACCGGAGAUGUCCCAUUCUCCCGCCUAUUACCAGGACCAGGACCACCGCGUGACGGCAUAUCUCCACGAUUCGACUCCGGUUCCUGCGGCCGCACAUCUUCCACCGGAGCCCCCGUCAUUGCCUAAUCCCCGGCAUGAUCUCCGUCAUCCGGAACUCAAUUCGGGCGAGAAUACUAUACCCAACGCUUAUCCCCCCGAUUCAUGGGAUAAUACCUACUCUCGGCAUCCCCAUCGACAUUCUCAACAAGCCCAUAAGCCUCCCCACCGUCAACCUCCGGUGGAGUCCAUCUAUCCGGAUCCUGAGGUGUCGGCCGUGGCCCCGAUGACGUUCGUAUCCUCGCCCUAUCUGGACAGCGGUUCCAUAUUGACACAAACUUCGUAUAGUGGUGGAGCGGCUCGUAAAGAAGAGCGUGGCCGGAGGAGUUGGACGGAUCAUUCGUCGUAUAUGUCGAGCGACAAUCAUCAUCUCGGAGUAACCCGACUUCAGAAACGAGCGAUUCAUACGGAAGAACCCUUGGCGGACGAUAGUCAGGAUGCCCUGCUGAUGCUGUUUCGAUUAUCCGUCCCGGUCCCCAUCUUUUCUCUUUGCGCAUCCUUAUAUACCGUCUUCGGGUUACUCUUCGUUCUUCUCGUCUCGCCUUUCCGCAUUUGUCCCUGCAUCCCAUACCUUCGAUCAACAUCAUUUCGCGAGCAGUUGUGCCAUCUUCUGGUACCUCAAUUGCAUAUUCAUGAGCGAUUAGUUCGUUUGCGGGGUCCCGCCACUCGAUCGGUAUACAAUGACGCCGAUGGGUCAUCGGUCUCAGAUCCGAGCGAACACUAUUCCAUUUUUGGGUUGAUUGCGGUCCUCUUGCUAUCAUCACUUCUUUCCAUCGCAUUUCUUCUCCUUGUCUGGACCGCAGCCUUUUUCUGGGUUUUCGCCAUGGUACUUGGCAACCCCGAUGGCACCGAACGCAAAGACGACGGCCGUGCUGCUGUACUCGGUGUUUGUCGAUGGUGGCAGAUAUGGCUACGCAAGGCCCGAAAACCGCCUCGCGAAUAG